GUAGAAACGGCUGGUAGCAAAGGGUGGGCUUCAAAAAGGGAAAAGAAAACGGAUGGUCUUGUCAAGAUAGGAAGCUGUGUAGACUCGGACAUCUUAAAUAUUGGGGAGCAUAUGGACGAUGGAGUUAACAAGGUCGACAUGUCCGACCACGAGCAGGAGAGAAGGAUUUGAACCCACAUCUGCCAAUUGGCUGUCCAGGACUGCUAGUUACAGCAUAACCAAGAUGAUAGGAAUUUGCCACACGGCAGAAUCACUCAAGAGACAAAUGACCUACAUGGAUAAGCAGGAGCCAUUGACUGGCGAGUAUUUGCUUUUGCUGUAAUCGAUGUAAGUAUGAACAAGAUAAAGUCAUGUUUAAUCCAUAAAGUCCCAUUCAGCAAAUUACAAAGAUCUGAUGACACAGAACACGAUCUAUUGAGGAUAAACCAGACGAUGCUACAUAUUGUCCAAUUGUCCACAAGCUCCGAGGGUCAAAAAAAACAAAAACAGCCGCAGCCAAAGGGUUCGAAAACCUCAUUUCCCAUCAUACUCUCUUUGCAUGCAAACAAGACUUGGUAAUACGUGCGAUACAUGGCCAAAUGACGGGACACACCGAGCUCUGAAUUAAACGCGACGCCCCAGCACUGACGCGUUUUUGUCCUCUGGAGCAUCAUGUCCGUCUCCCGCUCCUCUUCCACCGACUCGCUCAACAUCCCAUUAACCCUCCUCGCACGCACGGAUCCCUUCCCGCAAACUGCCAUUUCACCCGCAACAAAACCCAAUGUCCAACCCAUGAAUACGAAACAAGAACCGAGCGCUGAUCUAUCUCGCAUGGAUCCCGACAAGAGUGGGGAGGGUGUACAGGACGGCCCCUUGCGCCUAGACACGAGUGAGGGUGUGCAUGGACAGGAUAUGGAGGAGAUCAUCGAAAAGAUUGCUGCUGUGGAACUUGUUGAGCAGGGUGUUAGGGAUCAUGCUAUGUCAGAAAAGCGCGAGGAAGCGCGUGAGCAUGGGCAGCACGGCGAGAAUACGUUUGGUCAAGCUUUACCCGAGUCGCAAUUGAAGCGGUCCGCAGGCCAUCCAGCUCCCAAGUCCCUCAAAAGCUCUGUCAAAUCAGGGCUAUCACGGCCGAAAUCAUCGACAAAUGUUGUCAACGCCGAUCAACCACCAAAAUCAAAACGGUCGUCACCGAAAAAGACGGCGGGAAGCACCGGGCCAAUACGGUCUCAAACGUCAUCUCCCGUACGUGUAAGUCGGUCUAGGAAUCCGUCACAGGCCUUUGCACAGUCUUCCGUUCAUGAGAGCAAGGUGGAAAAAGUGGGAACUGAGCCCGAGGCGGUGACAGCUCCCCUGCUGCCAAUGCAUGACGACCUCAUGGCCGACUCUGUCCACAUGGAUAUAGAUCCCGAUGCCUUGAAAUUCGGGGAAUCGGUAGACAAAUGGACAGGUCUGAUGCGUCGAGCAAUUCUGGCUGAUUUCAUUACUGCUAAAAGCGAUCUAUUACGUCGUCAACAUCAGUUGGUCGAAAGCGCGCGGCAAGGCUUUGCGGGCGAGGUUGAUUCGCUCUCUGAUCAGCUUCGUCAUGUGAGGUCCCAAAUUGCAUUCUACGAAAAGAAGGCGGAAAAGAGGGAGAAAUUGGUCGAUGCAGCCUUGCUCUAUUUGACGAGAAAACGGGAAAAGGCGACAGCAGCCCUCCUCUUUGGUCGCUGGCGGUCAAAGCAUGCGGAAUCACGUCGGCUACGACUCGCGUUCAAGCUCACACAGCAAUACGCUACCAAAAACCUGCAGCGUAAGAUGUUACUAGGGUGGCAGAGAGCCGCUGGGACAACCUGGCGACGAACGGUGGAGCGCAAAAUCAAGAUGGAAGCCGAAAAGGCAAUGGAAAACCUUGCUAGCGAGUAUGAGAAGCGCAUUGCAGUGAUUAAAGAAGAACUUGCGGAUGUUCAUGCCCGACUGGACGAGUCUGAACGAGCGCGAUCCCUCCAGCAGGAAGACAUGAAGAAGGCUUUUAUGCGGGGUGUAUGUGCUUUAAACAUGGAAGCCAUGUCCAUGUUUCGCGGGGCCAUGGCAAAUGGGGAAAUGAUGGAUGGGAUGGGGGGAUACGGUGUGGAUCCGCCGACACAACCUUCCCAUCUCAACGCGGGGUAUCGGAGCGAUAUCCAACCGCAACAACGAACAACAGAUUGGGAUGACCCAUCCAGACGAGAUCGUCAAGGCGGCAUGGCAGGUCCCAACAGCGUUCCAUUGCCACCACGCCGUACCACAACCUUUCCGUCCAAACCAGACUCACUAAAAGCGACGAUAGAAAGUGUCACCAACCAGAUUGCAUCAAAAUCGUAUUCUUCACCGUAUCAGCCAACGUCGUACCAAGGACGCGGAUCUGCGUUUGUGACGCGGCAUGCUCAACAGUCUGCUGCUGGUUGGGCCGGGGAAGCUGGGGAAUGGUCUGCGGGGGAACGUGGGAACCUACGACUGGGAGCCGUGCCAGUUCCUCAGAGAUAUCCCAGUUGAUACAAUGAAAAUAGUUGUGAAGCGAGUACCGCUCUGGAGGCUCUCAUGAUGCUUGUAGAUUGUUGAACGUUGUAUGUUUUGUCCCUAAUUUAUUACCUGGUCGAGAUUCC